UUCAGGUAAACCCAAUAGGUUCGCGGAUUUUUGAAUUCAGAUUUGAGCAAAGACGAGGAUAAGCGAACCCUAGCUACUAGCUAGUUGAAGGUUAAGCUAAGUUAGAUUUGAGCAGGAAGGCUCGACCACGAGGCUUCGUCAAGCUCCAGUUUUACUAUGCUUAGGGCCAACACUUUCUGAUUGAUUCUCAUCAACUCCACUUCACUUUUCCCUAGCUCGCAGUUCUUCGGAUGACAAGACAGAUUUAACUUUCGAAUGUUGGAGCAAAAUGGAGCUUGUGGGACACUGCUCACAAUUCGGAGAAAUUGCUGACUUGGUUUGCUUCAUUGUUCUUUUAUGCAAUAAUUUUUUUUAUCAUUAUCAUCAGAAUGGAUGCUGAUGAUAAUUAGAUAUCUGGGUGGAUAUUUGUUGCAUUGUUUCGUACAUAGGGAAUGGAACUUGGUUUCUCUGUUAAUUUGAUUCUAUUAUUUGUGCAUGCAGUGAAAUUAUUAUAUUAUUUGCUUUCCGGUAGUGGAAAUGAGCAGCCGCUUCUCUCGCACAAUCUAUGUUGGCAACCUACCCUCAGAUAUAAGAGAAUGGGAGGUUGAAGAUCUUUUCUACAAGUUUGAGGAUCCCCGAGAUGCUGAAGAUGCAAUCAGAGGUCGAGAUGGUUAUAACUUUGAUGGUUGUCGUUUGAGGGUUGAGCUUGCACAUGGUGGUAGAGGACAAUCCUCAAGUGAUCGUCGUGGUGGGUAUGGUGGUGGUGCAGCUAAGUUUGGUGUAUCACGUCACUCUGAAUUUCGAGUUAGUCCGCGGGCUCCCUUCUUCUGCUUCCUGGCAAGAUUUGAAGGAUCACAUGCUAAAAGCUGGUGAUGUGUGUUUUGCAGAAAUUUCACGUGACAGUGAUGGUACUUUUGGUAUUGUUGAUUUUACCAAUUAUGAUGACAUGAAAUAUGCUAUUCGUAAACUUGAUGAUACCGAGUUUAGAAAUCCUUGGGCUAGAGCUUACGUUCGGGUGAAGAAAUACGAGAGCAGCCCUUCCAGUAGUAGUGGGAGUAGAAGUAGAAGCCGCAGCGUUAGAAGAGACCGGAGUAAAUCACAGGAAAGAUGUCCGUCCAAAUCACCUGUUAAAUCCAGAUCUGCCUCUCCUGUCAAGUCACCCAGAGAAAGAUCAAGGUCAAUAUCAGUAUCACCUGACAAGGCCCGAUCGGUGAGGCAUUGAUAUUCAUACCGCAUUAAAAACAUAAGUCCGGUAUUGCUUGCAGCUUAAUGGAGUUUUAGGGUAAAUUUUGUUGAACGUCUUAGCACAGUAUAACCGGAUACGGUCCAUGUGGGCAAGUUUAGCUAGGUGUGGCGGUGUUUAUUGGAGGCGAAGCAACUAUCUCUGAACGCUAAUGGAUGAACUAGGUUUCCUUUUGUUUCAUUUUGAUACUAUAUUUGAACACUAGUGGACAAGCUAGCUUGAUCUAUGACACUCUUUGACAUAUCCUUUGUUGGUUUUAUCUUGGUUAUCAAAUUAUGCAUGUUGGAUGGGUGGUUUUUCUUUUUUAA